AUGGCUCGGAUCAAGUUAAGUGCCACCAUGUUCCAUGAAGCUGUACAGAAGGGGUCAAGGUCAUUUGCCUUGUGCGUGGCCGGGGCGCGUGUUGCCAUGCUGAAAACCCUUGUGCUGGUAGGUGUGGUGACAGGUUGGGCCCAAAGUGUAACAGAUCAGCAGACGCUUGAUCAGGCUCGGGCACUUGUUCAGAAGUACUGUCCAGUGGAGAGCGGCGAAAUCAACUAUGAGGAGUCCCGCAAGACUUUGGAAUUGAGUGCAGGGAAUGGCAACAUUGUUUACGAUGUCCUCGUGCAGACAGCCGCUGCAGUACGGGAAGACGAGACCCAAAACAUUGCGAGCGUGCUGCAAGACACAGUGAGUCCAAUAUUUGCGAUUCGCAAAGCGACACCACUUCUGAUGGCGGCGAAGUGGAAAUUUGGCAGGGUCCUUGCAUUCCAGCUUCUCCUCUGGACAAGCUUCGUCUUGCUCGCCGCGGCGGUUGUUAGCCUCUGUGCUAUGAGUGCCGCAGAGCAUGAGAGUAUCGAGCAGGGCAUCCAAGGAACAGGCUGCUAUUCAGCACAGCUUCUUCAAGACGCUGUUGCCGGCAAUCGGUCGUUGAACUUCGUGGGCCUUGUGCCGGCUUGGGAGGCACUGGAUGAGCUUUCAAGAAGCCUUGAUCCGAACUCGUCGUUCCUUGAGGGGGUGCGUGACCUCUUGGAUGCGACCGUCGACUUGGAGCGCGCCGUGAACCUAGUAAGGGACAUGUUGGUCUCUUUGCAGCUCCUGCUAGACAACAGCCACAACCAAAAUCCCCCCGGCUAUUUGCAUACAUGUGCUGUGUGCGAGCCCUUGAGCAUUGCCCUGGUCGAGCUCGUUGGCCUCUUUGACGAUGGUGUCGCCUUGGCCAUGAACACGGUCAGAAGGGAGGUAGAAGCGCAGCUUGAUGGCGAACGUGUUGGCAACCUGCGUCGCACUAUCCAGGAAGCAAAGGAACCAGUUGAGACUAUGAAGGAGCAGAUGCUGCAGCAGCUGGGCUAUUUCGUCAAGGAGGCAGACGAUGGGUUUCAGAAGGGCACUGAAGCACUUGCAGGAGAAUCUUCCAUCCUGUACUUCGGAUUUCUUGGAGUUCUCUUCCUUGCAAUUCUGGUCGUGAUUGUGGGCUUCUUGGCUUUGACCUGCUACAGCAGCUGUCACAGGGGUGGCGAGGAGCCAGAUCCUUGUGUGGUUCGUCUAGGCAGUGGGAGCUCCAUGUGCACUUCCUACAUCUUCGCUGGGACUCUUUUCUUGAUCGGAGGGAUCCUGCUCCUCGUCUCGAUGGUGGGUGGAGGAGUCUGCCUGGCCAUGGUGGACUUCGACCAGCAGACAGGUGAGACCCUGCUGGAGUCGCUUGGUGUGCCGAGGGACGACAGCAUCCGCCUGGCCCUGAAGCUUGCAGAUCAGUGCAUGAGCUUGAAGUCCGAUAUCGAAAGCAAUGCGACGCACAAUGCGACGCGAAAUGUGGCAGACAUCCUCGAGCUUCCCGAUCCCUUUAAGGCGCCUGGUACCAUGAGCUCGCUUCGCCGCUUAAUGUCGGACUAUGUCGCCUCUCAGAUUGAUGGGGUAUUCCAGCUGCUGGAACUUGUGAUGGCCAAUCAGCCGCUACGAUUAGCAGACAAUCCCAUCUUGACAAAGUUUCGAGGCUACGUGAGAAGUGUCAACAUGAAGGCCAUGUUUUGGCCCCUCCCAACUGAAAUUGCGGACCAUCCUGUCUACAGCUCGAUGCCGAUAGUUUUUUACCCGAUCAGUAUCUUGUGUGAUGAUCUGUUUUUGCCACCAAGUCUUCCAGAACAACUGUCCAACGUUUACGCUCCAGGUCUCGAUUCGAUGGUGGUCGAUGGCAUCGCAACAGGUGGUGGGCCCCGCAUCCCAGGCCUGUUCGACGAUCAGAGUGUGACCUGGGACUGUCCUUCACGCUUGGAAGGCGAUUGCUCGGGGUCUAAUUACGGCUCAGGUGAUUGCGAGGCAGCCAAAGCCUUCGUGACUGAGCGGAAGUUGCCUCUGUUGACACAGCCACUAUUUCGCUGCAGGUAUUUGCAAAAGCCGGGGGCACCUGCUGGUACCAGAUGUGAUGUCGAAGACAUGUACAAAGUGAAUGGAAGCUGGAUCAACAGCUGCGUCCAUCCGAACAACACGGUGACCUUCUUUGAGCAGACGUGUACCAUCACUGAGUUUGAGGAGAAUGUGAGGUCUUUCGAUCUAUGGUUUUACAGAAUCUUCCAGUACAUGGAUGAUAUCGUUGAAGCCCUCGUGUUUCGAGUGGCCGAUGACUUGAAAGCUCUAGUAUAUCUUCACCUUGUCGAUCCGGUCUUCUCUCUGCUUGACCAGCUUGACUGUUCUUUCAUGCGAAGUUUCUGGAAGGGCCUCACGGACUCUCUAUGCUUCCGAGCGGUGAGUAGUUUUCAGGUUAUUUCCAGCUACUACGUUUGGGUGGCCAGCCUUGCUUUGGUCAUGGUUGGAGUGAUGUACAUUGCUUGGCGGAUCUCAAGGGACACGGCUGAUGCUUUUGAUCCUUCCUCGCACACCGUGGUGACGAGAGCCAUAGUCUUGAGGAACAAAGUGAAACAGAGGAUCGCCCAAAAGGCAUCGAGAACUGAAGUUGACUCAGUUCCAGAUCCAUCUCCCGAUCCCGAGACUUCAGCAGCAGACCGAUCACAAGUGGAUGCGCUUGCAAGGCGUGCUUGUGGCUUGUGGCAAGAUGACUGUCGUGUGCUGUUGCGGGACCCCUCCAUUGAGCUCCGUCAUGGCACGUGUGCUUCUGGUGCUGAGAGGCUGGGUGAGGAUGAGGGCCUCUACGCCAAGCAAGGCGAGAAUAACGAACCACUCAGGCCGGCGAAGUUCAUGCCGUGGCUGGAGCCGGACGGCGGCGCCUUCGUCCCGAGGUGUGUAGGUGAUGCCAUCCUCAAGGUGGACUGGGUCGAGCUCCGGUAUGGUGCCCUUGUCGAGGUUCGCCUGAGAUAUGGCCCAGAGUUACAGGAUGUCGCGCCGCAGUAUGCCAAGCAGUUCGAUCAGGCAAAGAAAGAUGCACGCAAGAAAGGCCGCAAAGGCGGCGCAAUGUGCUCCAUCCUUGUCCAGGUCUUCCCGCCGAGCUACAGGCCGUCCGACGCCGAGACGCAAGAAGGGGGCACCAUCAUUGACGAGAGCAUCCCAAAGGCAGAGCGGCCUGUUUCUGCAGCCUUCCCGAACCGAACACCGGUGUGCUAUGAUGCGAUGAGAUCGGCGGCUGAUGUGCUCUCGCAGUUUGUCAAGGACCUGAUAGCCAGCAUCGACACGGCCACGAAGGAAGCCAACGAUGCCUACGAGGUCUGCACAGAUCUCGUCCGAAAAAUUGGCAACACCUUCCAGGCUCUCGACCCUGAGCUGAAAGACUUGAAGGAGCAGAACUCAAGGCUAAUGCAGAGGAUGGCUGCGGUUUCCAUGGACAAAGACACCGUCAUCAAGUCCAGCACAAACUCCAAGGAGCAGGCCCUUCGCCGAGCGACAGCCAAGGCUAAGCUGGACAAGCAGAUGGUCCUUUUCUCGAAGUACGACGCGAACAAGGACGGCGUCCUGGACAAGAAGGAGAUCGCGAACUACGCGAAGAAGGAGUUUAGCUUCACAGUGCCGGAGCCGGCAAUGAACUCCCUGCUCCAGGUCCUGGUGGAUGAAGGAGCCAAGGGUGUGAAGAAGGCAAACUUCCAUCGGGUGCGAAUCCACGUUGGCAUGGCCCGCGAAAAGGCCAAGGACCUGCACAGAAGGCGAGCAGUGUAG